CCUAGUUGGAAUGGAACACCGAAGUCAACAAACCAAAAUCGAAGUAAACAAUUAAAAUUAAAAACCAACAUGAAUAAUGGAAAUAUUAAGCGGGUGCCAAAGAAGCUGAGCGUUUCCAAGAAGCCUGCCGUCACUGUGAAUUCACCCCUGGCAAAGUAUGACUCUUCAGGGACCUUGACCUGUAUCAUUUGCAGGAUUCCCAUCAAGCCCAGUGUUUGGAAAGUGCACAUCAACUCCAAGCAGCACAAACUGAAUGUGGACCAGGCCAAGCAAAACAAAAUUGAGAAACCAGUGGCCACCACUGCCAAGGAAUCAUCAGUCCCAUCCUUCAAGGCUCCUCAUCCUGUGGCCAAGUCCAGCACGCACCCGGAUCCUACUCCGGCAGAGAACCAAGAGAAGAAUCCCCAGCUUACUCCAGAGAAGGCGCCACCACAGUCAAAUACCAGUAGUAAUAAGCCUUCCUCAAUCGAAUCUGUUGCCGAAAAAUUGCCCGAGAAGUUUUUCGACGAGGACAAGACCAGCAAAACCGAAGCAGCUCGACUCCAGGACGAGGAGUGGCAGCGGUUCCAGCAGGAGAUCAAGAAGGCAGCCACAGAAUCCAGUGUUAUCAUAGCUGACGAGCAAGAGGAUAUAAAUAUCAAGCGUCAUAUCAAGGAAAUAGACGAACAAAUUGAUAACUGGAAGAGAGUUAUCAAAAUAAAUGAUCAGAAAACAUUGCUUUUAAAUAAAAAGCGAAAGGUCAACGUGAAAGUAGAAAUAGAUCCCGAGUUGAGUUCCAGCGAGGAUGAAUGCAGUGUAGACGAUUUGUACGACUGGCGAACAAAAAACUUGCAUUAAUAAAAUAUAUGCCAUUAAAUGUUAUUGUUAAAAACAAUGAAAACUUGAAUUAAUGUAAUUAAAUUAAUUUUUGAAGUAUAAUAUUAAAAAUGGGAGCAUAGUUAAGC